CCGUGAUAGUAGCAGCGUCGUGUAUUGCAAUUGAAAGUACCGGUGUUGCUUGCGCAUUCAGUUAGUCAGCCAAUUAGCCAGUGAGCGGUUCGUUUUAGCAUUUUGCCGUUAUUUAAAAGAGCCUGAUUUUGAAGAGAAAAACUAUUAAUUAAACUAAAUUACGGUUAAUGAACUACAUAUGUACAUAAUUGUGAGAAAUUUAAUUUCGCAAGUUGUGUGUUGAUUUAUUUUUAAUUAGUGUGUCAAAAUGGCUGAGGAAACCACACCGUUAACCGCUGGAAUAUCACCACCACCUUUGGGUCCAGCCUACGUUUUCCCAGGCGGUGUGUCGCCACGUUCGCGUCGUUACCGGAAAAUGCAACAGUUUCAAUGCUGUUUAGGCCUAACUGUCGUACUGAUUAUUAUUGUUGCUUUGCUCAUUGCACUAGCGCUAGUAGAAGAAACACAAGAGCCGCCUCCGCCCAUACUACUUCUAGCGAGUACAACAAACGAAACAAAACCCGCCAACAACAGUGCGGAUGCAAGCGCCGUACUCGAAGCCACAAUAGCGCCAUUGGACGAUGAACCCGCUGCUGAGUGGGCACUCAAGCAAACAAAAAUGAAUCGAAUGCAAACCGAUCAGGCUAUAAGUGCCGGUAUUAAAGCGUUGGGUGACCGCGAAAUCUUGGAAGAAAGCCAACAACCGACUCCGGUUAACAGUCCUGCCUUCCGGCAUUACCGCUCGCUGAGCACAGAUUCGGCGUCACGCAAAAUGGCUAGGCGCGGUUAUGUGGAAAAUCAUGCCACCACGAAUAUUGCUCAAAUGUUGAAUUAUACGAAACCGAUGGGUCGCUACAAUAUAGGCGUUGGGCCUAAGAUAGACUUGCCCGAUCCGACGAUAAACUUCGGUUGCGAUUUUAAUGCGCGCUACCGCACGGCAAAUGGUGUGUGCAACAAUAAGGCAAAUCCCCGGCUUUAUGGAGCUGCAAUGGUACCCUAUCGACGCAUGGUGGCACCCGAUUAUGCGGAUGGUAUUUGGUUGCCACGUGCCAGUCACGCCAAAAACGACACGCAACUGCCCCCAGCGCGUAAAGUCUCUUUGGAUAUACACCGCGCCUCAUACGAUACAGAUUCAAAUUUCACCGUCAUGCUGGCAGUUUUUGGGCAAUUUCUCGAUCAUGACAUUACUGCCACUUCGUUGUCAUCCUCUGAGGAAGGUGAAUCGAUUAAUUGUUGCUCACUACCUUCAACAAAUAUCCAUCCGGAAUGUUUUCCGGUUCCCAUAUUGCCCGAUGAUCCGUACUAUCAGCGCUACAAUGUGACUUGCUUGAAUUUUGUGCGCUCAGCGCCCGCACCUACUGGACAUUUUGGGCCACGGCAGCAACUAAAUCAAGCAACGGCCUUCAUCGACGCCUCGGCAGUUUAUGGAAAUAACGAGCAGCGGCAACGCCACUUACGUAACAUGCUCAACGGCACCAUCCGUAUGUACAAAACCAGCGACGGCCGUGAAUUGCUACCAAUAUCCACCGAUUUGGAUGAUGGUUGCAAUCGCGCGCAGAUGGUGCGCGAGGGAAAGUAUUGCUUCGAAGCAGGCGACGACCGAGCCAAUGAAAAUUUGCUCUUGACGUCCAUGCAUCUGCUGUGGGCACGCCAUCAUAACUACUUGGCACGUGGUUUGCAAGCAGUCAAUCCGCAUUGGGAUGACGAGAUGGUGUUCCAGGAAUCGCGUAAAAUAUUGAGUGCUAAAAUGGCACAUAUCACUUACAAUGAGUUUUUGCCCAUUUUACUCGGACGCAAAUUGGCGGAGAAAAAAGGCUUGUUGCCAAAUGCAAACGAUUUAGACGCACCGGACACUUACGAUCGGAAUGUAGAUCCACGUAUAGCUAACUGCUUUGCUGGAGCUGCUUUUAGGUUCGCGCACACACUGCUGCCGGGCGUACUCAACGCUACACGUGACAACAACACACCUGAAGCUAUUGAGCUGCAUAAAAUGCUUUUCAAUCCUUUUUCGCUGUGGAACGAGCAUGGCAUCGAUCGGGCACUUCUGACAGCCACCAAUACGGCUGUGUUGCGAGUUGAUCGUUUCUUCUCUUAUGAAGUGACACAGAAAAUAUUCGAAGGCAAUACCGAUGAAGAUAUGAAGCCGCUUUGUGGUCUCGAUUUGGUUUCUCUUAAUAUACAGCGUGGUCGAGAUCAUGGUUUACCAGCAUAUCCUGUGUUUCGCAAGCAUUGCAAACUGCCGCCGGUGGAUACGUGGGAAGAAAUGGCGACCGCAAUUGACGCAGAUACUUUGCAGUCGAUUCGGAAUAUUUAUAGCUCACCGCAUGAUGUGGAUGUAUAUACAGGAGCAUUGAGUGAACCACCAUUAGAUGAUUCCAUUUUCGGACCACUCUUAGCGUGUUUAGUAUCAGACCAGUUCAUGCGGCUAAAAAGAGGUGACUCCCACUGGUACGAAAGGAAGAUAGGGCCACAACGUUUCACGAAAGCUCAAUUGCGUGAAAUCUACAAUGUCACCUUGUCAAAGAUCAUUUGUCGGAACUCUGACGCGGUACAACAGGUGCGACUGUAUGUAAUGGAACGGCGUAAGGAUCCUGGUAAUGGAUAUGUGAAUUGCAGUGAAAUUGGGGAGUUUAACUUCAGCAGUUGGGCUACAUCGCCACGCACAGUCAAGUUGCACAGCGUCGCAGUUAGUCAAGCAAAAAGUUUGAUUCGGGUAAUCAAAGAAAAUGGUAAAAAUAUAACUGAUAGGAUAAAACCGACGACAGAAAAAAAUGUCCGGCAUACUUAGUUCGACGCGUUAUUUAUUGCAAUUGCUUUUUUUUAAAUAUAAAUUUUAGAUUUAAUAAAAUUUUUUACUUAUCGUAUUUUCAUUACUAACGUAAAUUAAAGUGGAUUGUGCAAUU